AUGUUCAACAUUGGCCGUAGCCGCGCGGCGGCGUCGGCGCUCAGUGCCGCAAAGCGCAACGCCACCCCCUCUGUCCGACUGCCCGGCAUCGCUCAGCAGCGACGAGCCCUCAGCAUCCACGAGUACCUGUCCGCCGACCUCCUGAGAAAGUAUGGCGUUGGCGUUCCCAAGGGCGCCGUGGCCAAGACGGCCGCCGAGGCCAAGUCUGUGGCCAAGGAGAUUGGUACCGGCGACCUGGUCAUCAAGGCCCAGGUCCUCGCCGGUGGACGAGGAAAGGGAACUUUCGACAACGGCCUCAAGGGCGGUGUCCGUGUCAUCUACUCCCCCCACGAGGCCGAGAUGUUUGCCCAGCAGAUGAUUGGCCACAAGCUCAUCACCAAGCAGACGGGCGCCGGCGGCCGUCUGUGCAAUGCCGUCUACAUUUGCGAGCGCAAGUUUGCCCGCCGCGAGUUCUACCUGGCUAUCCUGAUGGACCGUGCUUCCCAGACCCCCGUCAUCGUCUCGUCGUCCCAGGGAGGUGUCGACAUUGAGACCGUUGCCAAGGAGCAGCCCGAUGCCAUCACUACGACCUACAUCGACAUCAACACCGGCGUUACCGACGAGAUUGCUCGCGGCAUCGCCACCGGCCUGGGCUUCAGCGAGCAGUGCGUCGAGGACGCCAAGGACACCAUCCAGAAGCUCUACAAGAUCUUCCUCGAGCGUGACGCCACCCAGAUCGAGAUCAACCCCCUGUCCGAGACCUCCGACCACCAGGUCCUCUGCAUGGACGCCAAGUUUGGCUUCGACGACAACGCCAACUACCGCCAGCAAGAGGUUUUCGAGUGGCGCGACACCACCCAGGAGGACCCUGAUGAGGUCCGUGCCGCCCAGUCCAACCUCAACUUCAUCAAGCUGGACGGUGACAUUGGCUGCCUCGUCAACGGUGCCGGUCUUGCCAUGGCCACCAUGGACAUCAUCAAGCUCAACGGCGGCCAGCCCGCCAACUUCCUCGACGUCGGUGGUGGUGCCACUCCCGCCGCCAUCCGAGAGGCCUUUGAGCUCAUCACCAGCGACCCCAAGGUCAGCGCCAUCUUCGUCAACAUCUUUGGUGGUAUCGUCCGCUGUGACGCCAUCGCCACUGGCCUGAUCCGCACCGUCGAGGCCCUCAACCUCAAGAUCCCCAUCAUUGCCCGUCUGCAGGGUACCAACGUCGAGCUUGCCCACCAGAUCAUCAACGAGUCUGGUCUGAAGAUCUUUUCUAUUGAUGACCUGCAGAGCGCCGCCGAGAAGGCUGUGCAGCUGUCCAAGGUUGUCAAGCUGGCCCGCGACAUUGACGUUGGUGUUGAGUUCACCCUGGGUAUCUAG